AUGACGAAAAAUAACAAAAGCGUCGCAGCCGCCAAAGCGAGCAUAAACCUCCAGAAAGUGCUCCGAAAAUUCCCCUCUCCGCCCAAGAAGGACGGCACACCGGAUAAGGAAAACAUUAUGGCGAAAAAAGACAAAGCGCGUAUCAAAGAGGCAAUGGACAUAGCGGAGGCAAAGGACAGAGCAGACGCUCAAGCCAGCGCUAGCUCAAGCGGGGGUAAGAAAAGGUAG